AGGAGAGGAAAGCCGCGCGAGAGGGUGUCUCUCUGUUUCGCUGCCGGGGGUUUCGCAGUCUCGCAUUUCAACAACGACGACGCCGAACGUCGCUGGUGUCGCCGUCGCCGUUUUUUCCCUCGAGCAAGGGAACGCGCGCGCGCGUGUACGAUAGAUAGAAGCGUUAAGAAAAGAAGAGAGAGGGAGAGAGAGAGAGAGACAGAUGUCGACAGAUAUAGAGAGUGGGUGAAAGGGUGAAAGGGGGAAAGAGAGAAAGAGAGAGAGAGGAAGCGAGGGGGCUCGCUCGCGAACCCUCGUACGUUGGCCCCCGGCGCAACGAGAGCAGCGUUACGCUCGGCUAGCACGACGGGGCACCUCGUGAGAAUUCGGGUAUCAGGGGUGCUUCCGUAUAGUAGCGGCGGUGGUCGGUGAUGUGAGUGGUGGCGGUGGUGGCCUGGUGGUAGCGGUGGUGGUGCCGUCGCUGGUGGUAGUGGUGCGGUUACAGUCGAUACGGCGUGGCGGAGGCGCCGAGGAGCUUCUCGUCGGGGACGACGCAAGUGGUGCACGUUGGUGGGCGCAGAUUUACGUAAGAACGACGACAACGACGGCGACGACGAGGACAUGUCCGCCUGCUCGUCCGCUUACUAGUGACGUCGUAUGUGCUGGUCGCUGGUCGCGUGUGCGCACGUGUGACGCCGCCAAUGGAUACUCGACGAAGUGGCUGAUCGAAAAUCCGAGGGGACGUCCUCGGUGGUUUGGGCUCGUCGAGCGCGCGCCGCUCGCAGAGCGAAGACGAAGGAACGCAGCGAGUGCUAUAGCGGCGAGGGGUGCUGGGAAAAGAUUCGCGAAUGGACGAGACGGGUCCGUUCAAUUUCGAUUCUCCUCCUCGUAAUUCGCCACAGUGCCCAGCGAGGACUCCGAAGAGCGGGCGGCUCCGGAUUAAUUUCGAGGUGUGUGAAAAAAGCAACAGCCAAUAAAAGAAGAAUCGUAAGGAAGAAAACACUAGGGAGAAAGGAAGGAAAGGGUACAAGUGCGAGAACUCGGAAAGCAGGAGGAUGGGCGUAAGAUCGGUCCCGAGAGGCUUCUCCGCGCGGAAGACGCUUCUCGGCCGUCGUUGAGACGACGCGAAUCUCGAGUGUCGUCGGGAGAGAGCAAGGCACAGAGAGAAAGAGGGAAAGAAAGAAAGAGAGAGAAGAGUCGAGUCGAGUUGCGGGACGUCGAAAGUUCGCUACGACGACGACGACGACGACGACAAUAACGAUCCAUCAUGGGGGUCUCGGUGUUCCUGCUUUACGCGGUAACGGUGCUCGGCGUGGCAGCCAGCGACAAUUGCGCCGACAAGUGUUCGUGCAAGUGGAAGAGCGGGAAGCGCACGGUGGAGUGCGUGAAUCGCGACCUGACCAGCAUACCGGAGUGGAUCGAUCCAGAGACCCAGGUGCUGGACAUGAGCGGCAACAACAUCUGCCACCUGCCGAACAACAUAUUUAUACACGUGCGGCUGACGAAUCUGCAGCGUCUCUACCUGCGUGAGUGCCGUAUCGACCGGAUCGACAGCAAGGCACUGGCCGGCCUGACGAAUCUCGUCGAACUCGAUCUAAGCAGCAAUCUGCUGGUCGCGGUGCCGAGUUUGAGCUUCACCGAUACGCCAUUCCUGCGCGAUCUCGUGCUCGCGUACAACCCGAUCAAGCGGAUCCGUCCGAACGCGUUCAAGAGCACGCUGAAUCUGGUGAAGCUCGAUCUGUCGCACACGCAGCUCGCCGAGAUCGAGGGCAAGGGCUUCCACGGACUGGAUAUGCUCGAGAGCCUCAAGCUGAGCAACAAUGCACUGUCCACUCUGCAUCCGGGCACCUUCGAGCCGCUCAACAAACUCACCAGUAUCGAAUUGCACGAGAACCCGUGGGUCUGCGAUUGCCAUCUACGCGAGAUGAAGAUGUGGCUGGUGAAGCAUAAUCUGCCGAUGAUCGUGGCGCCCGUGUGCCACGGGCCUCAGCAGUUACUCAAUCGUGCCUUCACCGACCUCGGUAUCGACGACUUCGCCUGCCGGCCGAUCCUGCUGAUAGCCAGCCGUUACGCCGAGGCCACCAUCGGCGAGAACGCCAGCAUCGAGUGUCGCGUGAGCGCGAUACCACCCGCAAAAGUCAAGUGGUAUUGGAACGGCCGGCUGCUGACCAAUCACUCGGCCUUUAGCAGCUAUCAAAAGAUCCUCAUCUUCGAAGAGGGCCAGUUUAGAAAACGAAGUACCCUCAUCCUGACCAACGCACAGGAGGCUGACUCCAGCGAGUUCUACUGCGUCGCCGAGAACCCCGCUGGCUGCGUCGAGGCAAAUUUCACCCUACACGUGUCCCUGAGAACGGCGGGCAUGUCGACUUUAGGUUCGGGUCAGAUCGCGGGGAUAUCCGCCGCGUUAGUGGUGCUCAUACUCUUCAUCCUACUCAUCAUCCUCGUCCUGUUCAUUCGUCUACGUAGAAUGCCGCUGAAGGACGUUAAGUCGUCGGCGCCGAUGGAAGCGGCGACCGGCGACGGUGUCGGCAGCGGCAGCGGUGGCGGCAGCGGUGACAACAACCCGCCGUCCGCGACCUCGACCACCCGCAGGAAACACGAGGAGAUCGAGACGACGUCGUUCGCGCUGGAAUCAAAACCGCCCGCUUCGUUGCACCUGAGCUACGUGCAGAGACCGCACGCGGCCGUGGUGCAGGAGAGCGAGUACAGCACGAUCAGCCGCUUCGACGACCAGAAUCAGUCCGCGGUGGCGGCGAUGCCGGGCGCCGGGUGUUUCUCGUCGACGACGUCCUUGAUGCCGAUCGAUAAUCCGGAUCUCAUCAGGGACACCCGGCGCGGCUCCACCGAGGACAUCACGCCUUACGGCGUCGCCGAUUACGGCCGCGUCGAAGCGUUGGACGACGCCGGCAAGAUGCUCUACACCAGCUGCCUGUGGGAGGCCAGGGACAGCUGCGGCAGGACGUCCGCCGUCUCGGUGAACGCGUACCCGUCGAAGGAGCAGCUCGCGGUGGUCGCGCCGGUCGUCGAGCAGUUUCCGCCCGGGGCGAAGCAGAUGAGAGUCUGGCAGAAGGGCGUUCCGGUGCUGCCGCCGGUCUCGGCGCUGAAACGCGUCCUGGGAUCCACGCGCAGCUCGCCCGACGAGGGUUAUCAGGAGGGCACCGGCACCGACGUCUAGGUACCGCUACUUCAUUACUGCGACGCCCGGCACCGUUAUCUGGAGCUACGUAGACGGCACCAGGAGGACGACACCGACUGCUAAGAGAGGAACGAAGGAGAAGAAGAAGAAGAAAAAAAAACAAGAGUUGUCCUCGCGAGUGCCGGACGGGCGGUAGUGAACAGGAGUAAAAAUGUGUCGGACGAAUCUCGCGUUUAAGUGUGAUCGCGUCCAAGUGUGACGAUGACCGAUGAUAACGCGCCAUUAUUGUUGUGCUCGGACUGCUUUUCGCCGCUGGACGAAAGCGUUAUGCUCGCGAUCGCGUUCGCGUAUAGUGAUCGAAGAUACCGCAUUAUAUACAGUUUCACAUCCAACAGAUACCACUCAAGUCGGCAGGUGCGAUAACACCCUGCGAUCGGGAAGGAAGGUAUGGUAUACAAUUGCAUGGAACCAUGGACAAGGCGCGAGCAACGCACACAGCCCACCCCUAAAGACUGCCAUAACUAAACUACCAUAACUACGCGAAUCGAAUAUGCUUAGGCGUAUGCAAGGAGCUUUCGAGAGGUCGACGAACGCGUGGAUCGUUACUGCAAUAGGUUGACAUCGUGGCCACCGAGGAACGUCUGCGACAUGCAUAAACGUCUCGCUCGAUGCGAAUAAACUGGCUCGCAUGGUUGACCGUGUUAAGGAUCAUCGCGUGCGAUUAGCACGACCUUCUCGAGCCGGGCGCAAUAGGCGACAUGGCGAAAACGACGGCUGGGCCUUCUCGAAGAACCACCCGUGCCCGUGCUCGUCGCGAACGAACGCCCGCAAACAAGUGUUUGUAGUGGUGUGACUCUUCGAGGCGGCAAUUAACGACAAAGUUAAUUAAGUUGAGAUGUCUUGUGUGCAAUGCGUGUGGUGCAACCAGUUGGUAGAUGUUCGGUUCCGUUUGUACGUGUCACGAGGGUUGUUGCCUCCAGUGUUCGAUAUCGACAAUGUCAACUUGUACAGGAUGUUCCGAAAAAAUGGUCAACGAAAGACGAUGAUGCCUGUCGUUGCGAGUGAGACGAACCCUCGUAAAUGUGUGUUCUGAAAUAACUCGGAAGCUACCCACGGAAGUUGUUUGUACUUAAGAAUACAUAAAUAUCGUGAUUGUUAAUAAGACUUUACGAUUAAGACCUUCGAGUAUGCAGAAAUCAUCUUCAGAUUCGCAGUAAUCUCUCGGGAAUCGUAACUGCAAAUUCGAUGAGAAUCCAAAUUUAGAUACGUGUUCAUUAAGAUUCGCUUACACUCGCAACGAUUGACACUAUUAUCUUUCAAAAUAUUGGCGUUCCCCUCUGGAAAUAUUCUGUGUAACGGAGCAAUGAAAGAUCGGUCGAUCGUAUCAACCGCAAGGCGACGUCUCGCGCACACGGAGUGCAUACAGGAAGUGCAUACACAUGACGUGCAUCAAGUCAGGGACGAGGAAGCGAUGACGAUACGCUACGUCGGCCACGUCAUUGUCUGGGCAGCACAAUAUCGACGGGUAAUACAUUUGUAUAACGGCUAAAGCCAAAAGCAGUUUGGGGUCUAUUGGGAGGCCGAAAUCUCCCGGGUAAAAAAAAAAUACGUUAGGUGGCACUCCCCUUAAGACGAUAAACGGCGAGUACGAAGACUGGCAGUGCACGUUUCCGAUGAUGGGGAUGACGCGUAGAGUUGCAUAGGAAGCGAGGAACGACGCUUAAUCUACGAAGUAUCUCUCGCGGAUUUUUUCUAGUCAAUUCGGUGAAAGAAAGAGAGGAAGGAAAAGAAAGCGGAAAAAAAAUACAGAAAAUGAGAACGGAUUUUCACGACGGAAUUAUUUAUUCGGCGGGAUGGGAAACUCGCGCUGGCAAAAUGGCGCGUAUUCUCAAUUAAGAGAAUACGCGAGGUAGUCUCGUUGUGUCAACAUCUGGGUUAUUCCCUCGAAGCGCUUCGGUCGACAAACUCUCACGAUUACGGACCGGCGAGCCUAUAUUGUUGCUUCGAGUGGCCGGUCCGAGUGGCUCUCGUGUCCGAGACGAAGCCUCGCGAGAACGAUCGAGUAAGGGAUAUGGCGGCCGGAUGCCGCUCUGGAUCCAUACUCACGACUCCACGUUUCCCGGAUUCGAUCGCAAUCGCGGCCUCUUGGCGGAUAGUACCAAUUUUUCUCGAGUACCCUAUAUCAAAUUUGCUACGUUUUCAACUGAUAUAAAUUUAUUUUUUCAAUUUCCAUUUUAUCCGAAUACACAGCUUGAUUGAAUUUCUUAUUUUAUUUAAUAUUCAAUUUAGCAGUAAUUUUCGAUAUACGAUUAUUGUUACGCGUGGUAUAACAGCAAUUUUGUUUAUUUCAAUAUUUAUCAGCGUUAAAGAUAUAUGUAUAUCGUAUUAAAUUCAUACAACAAAUGUACAACGGUGCCGAUCAAUAAUAUUGAUGACAUCGGAUAUUAAAGCUUUCUUAACAUAAAUAGAUAACGUGCCAUUUGCAAGCACGUGUGUAGUGACGGUGAAUCCAGAGUAUAUGUAGGUCUCGAUCAUUGUCUUUUUGUGCGUGCAACGGGAACCACUGGAAUCAAUUACAUAAGGCUGCGUGAUAAGUCCUUAAAACCAAUCGCGAGCGAAUGUAUACUAUUGCUCAAUCACUAAAGCUGGAUUUCGCGAUUGAUUGGUUGGCUUAUGUCUGGCGUUGGCGUCUUACGUAAGUGAGACUCUGUCGAUCCACGCAUUCGACGGUGAACCGUACUGUCAAGUUGAAUUACUACGCUCCUAAGGGUAACUUUGAGUCGCGCAUUGAGUGAUCAAUUCAAAGAAAACUCGAAUAUUUCACAAAAUUAUCAGUAAGCAACGUGCCUCCGAACAGCCUACAAUCAUAAAAUACGUUAUAAAAUCUUUGCAGCAAUAGAAAAAAAAUCUUUUGGUCAUAUAUUAUUAUAUUUUUCAGUUCAGUCAUUGGUUUUUAUUGGAUGUUCUUAUUUUACUGAAUGUUUUUAGUUUAUUACGCGUCAUGUAUUUUCCAAUUUGGUAUGCUGUCUUUUUCUGGAAGAAAAAAAAAUUACUUUCUUUAAUCUAUCUGCAACAAAAAGGCUUAUGUUCUUGCGGCGAACAAUUUAAUCAAAGUUACGAGCCAUUUCCUCAGGCACCAAUUUGUCCUGGAGACAUUUUUUUACCCCUACAAGAAGGCAAGCAAAUUCGAUCUGAUAAGUCAAAAACGCCAGUCGCGAGUUUCGUUCGAUCCCCAUCUAAAGUGUGUCGACGUGCGUUUAUUUUGUAUGUCGUAUAUAAGCAUGUACCCGUGUGCGUGCGCGUAUGUGUAUGUGGAUGAGUGUGGAUGCGCGUGUAUCCGUGUUUGCGCGUACGCGUUUUCCGUUCGUCGAAAAAGCUCGCGGCCGAGAUAGCGCGCGCGCAAUUCGGCGCUUUUGCGUUUAUCACCGAUUGUUCUAUAGCGUAUCGCGCGGAACGACCGGGUUUUCUCUGCUCAAUGAUCUCGAAACCGUAUCCGUCAUAUCGGAAAAAAAAAUAACAACAGCGCCCCGGAAAUAGCGCCCGCGGCCACUCCGGACGAUAUGUCGCGUGCACACACAGAACUGGAUCGCUCGGACUUUUGCAUUAGUUCUUAUAUCUAGAGAAAAAGGGGGCGAGAGUAGACGACAUACACGUGACAUAUAAGUAAAUAAGGUUGACUCUACGAGCUCUGAUACGAUUGUACUGAAUAUUCUAACAGCAGUUACAGGGAUUACUUACGGAACUUCUCUAUCUGACAAUUUCUAUUUUCCGUUGCCCGUAAUUAAAAGUCGUAGUAAUUAGCCGGACUUAAGUGACGAGGAAAAAGUUCAUAGGGAUGUAAAGCGAGUGACAACAGUUACGUUGCUUUGAAACGAACUGGUCGCCGUUUGGCUACCAUUCUUCUCACACGGAUGUGAGUUGGUAUAUACGUGUAAAAGAAGACGAGGUCUUCGUGAAGCUAGCGACCCAUUUUUAGAAUUUUCAACAUAAUUAAUGGAGUCCCCCGUCUUUCUUUUCAUUUAUUUUUUUAUUUCCAUGACUUUAAUUGCUAUCUUAUCCGAGUAAACGGAUUACGAAUAACCGAGUUUCGUUUCCUCCCUUUUUUAUUUCUCGCGGAAAUUUUCGUUUCGUAACAAUUUCGAUUUGAGGAAUGCGCCGUUACCCAAUCCUACCUAUCAUUCGUAGUGAUCCGCUCGUUAAUCUACGUGAACCGAAUUCGUCCUCGAAAAAAAUUUCGUUUGAAACUUCUACGUGCAGUUUCGCUUACAUACACGAUGCUAAAAAAAAUUGUAUGGUAUACAAAGCUCGCGAGUUUUUCCGCUUUACGGACGUCGUUGCGCGUUACUUCCGAACUUGCAAUCCCUCAUCUUGGAUCGUGUGACCCUUGCAUUUCGUAAAAUUACAUUAAAAACGCGAACUAACGAAAAAAAUGUCGCGUUCAUUUUUUUACAAUUAUUACCUGCUUAUACUUUAAAAUAUGCUUUUGGGCGUUCUCGCGCAUACCGGCAUGUCGAUCGCUCAAAGCAGCCGAGAGUCAACUGUUGCGUGCAAGUGAGUCUUUAUAUCUGAUUUCCACUAGUUUUUUUUUUAUACCUUUCGAUCGACGUGGCACACAACUGAGUGCCGUAACGCCACAUGCCAGGUCAAUAUACGCAGUGAUAGCACUCGUUGUCUAUAGUGACUGUAAGGCACGUGAGGUCUAGAACCUCACAACUCAAUACGAGCUACAUCGAUCGAGGAAUCAGGAAACGCGAUGUUAAUUGCAAUUUAUUGUCAAAAUCAAAGUGCGAAUCUUUGAGGUGUAGUCGUUCAUGCGAUAUCACAAUGUUAUUUAAUAAAAAUUUCUACAAAACGCGCUGGAUAGAGCAAUCUAACGAGUUCGAAUCUGAUCCAGCUCGUCGGAAAAUUACACAAACGCAAUACUGCCAGGAAACACUAAUUAUUUAUGAAACUAUAAAUUGGGACACGAUAGAGAUCAUAUUAUAAAGAAUUAAUAAUGUAAUGAAAUACAUUAUGUAUUUCAUUAUCCGUUGAUAUCAUUCAACUCAUAAAGGAAAGAUAUUCUAAAUUUGAACACGUGUAUGUGAUUUCACUCUUUUACAAGUGAUGACGUAGUCGUUUUAAUUCUCAUCAUGUACCUACGCUAUUAUGCAGGGAAAUAAUAAAUAUUUCAAACUUUGGUAUUGGACUUAAAAUUCUAUUUUACGAGAAUCACUUUCAAUAGUAAGUCCCCGGGGAUCACAGAACUAAGAAUGAUUGGUUGCCCCAUUCGUUGCUCCAUUGAAAGUUUUGCGUUCUGAGAAUGACUCAAUAAUAAAACUUAGCAAGUAUACUCAGAAUAAUGCUGUUUCGUCUCAUCAUUGACUUUGGUUUUCGCUUUUCUGAAUUACUGAUCAAUAUAGACGCCUUUUAUUUUCUGGAAUCCUACUUUCGAAAAAUAAAAAAUUGUGUAGUUAAUUAUUCACACGUGGCAUGCGGUAUUGCGUGAAAUGAAACUUUCAUCGUACACACGAAUGUCUGUUCUACACAGGCAUAGCGAUUUUAUAUUUGUUAAUGAGGAUAACUUACCGAAUAAUUUAUUCAAAUUGUGUUCAACAUUUCCACGUGCUGUUUCGCACACAACAUCGGACUAAUAUUAAAUUAAUAGUUUUAUUAUGACAUUUUCUAUAAUUUAUCAUUGAUUAAUUUAAUACUGUGACAACAAUAGCUUAGAAUAAAUUAAAAUACAUUUAACGCUAAUGAAUCAUGAAUAAACAUCAGUUAUAUAAAGCUAGUUUAACUUUUAAUGUAUAAUUAAGCUUUUAAUCCAAGUUUUGACAACGUUUUAUAAAGCUCAAUUAAAAUUUAUUUGCAAAGUUUCGUUAUGCGUCGAUAUCAUUCGAUUUAUAAAAGGAAGGAUAUUUUAAAUUUUAUGCACGUGACUUUCUUUUUUCUACAACCGACAGGAUGAUGCAGACAUCCUAAUCUUUGUAAUUUUUGUAACGAUAACGCGAUUACGUAUUUGCAUAUUUUUACGAGAAAAUAUAUUUGAAACACUGCCGAGAAAGGAGAAGGGGGUACACAAGACGAGCGUAAACAACCCUGUGCACAUAUUUUCUCACUUCUUAAGGUAAUUUCGCUCGCUGGGAGAAGCUCGUUCUUCGCUCCUAGCGUGAAAAUAUGCUUUUGCGACCGCGACGUUCGAUGCCGCGGGUCUUCGUAAAAUUUACACACCUUGAAUUUUCGUACUUUCGGAACCAUAUAGACGUAUUAACAUAAUGUUACGCAGCGGCGGAUUUAGAAUAUUUUGGGCGCAAAAUGAGGUAUUCCGAGCCCUUCGAAAAAAAAAAGAUAUAAAAUAAAUCAGAUGAAUUUUAUAACAUAUAUAUGUGUAUCCUAUAUCAUAAAUAUUUUUAACUAGAGUUUAUAAAAUUGUUAUAAUGUUUUAAUGUUUCUUAUUGAUGUGGCCGAGACCGGCCGUAUAGCUUUAUUACCUAGGCCAAAGUUUGCAUCAGUUGUUACGGGUCAUUAUUAUCAGAAUAUAGAUACAGCAUUCAAUGGUAUUUUCCCGUUGUUGUGACGUAACAAAUGAGUACCAUCUGUCUUAACAAUUGGCAGCAAUAAAUCGUAGUAACUACCAAUCGACCGAAAAGUAUUUUAAAUUAAAGCGGAAACGGGACAAGUGCAUGUGUGAGAGUGAAAGAGAGAACGAGAGAGGGGGGAGAGAAAAGGAAUAAGAGAUUAAAAGACAAAGUGUUAAUUUUACUGAAUUCGUGAAGUUUUGUAUACAUAGGCAAUAAUGUACGGCAACUUUUAUGGUGGACAAGCGAAGUAAUGCAAGAAAAUCGUGAAUUAUCUACAGCACUUGAUAAUAAUGAAGCAGAGAUGGACACGGCAAAUAAAAAAGAAGAUAUUUAUUCGCGGUGGCUUCGCACAUACAACAAGGUGUGAAUGAUAAGUGUUUUCUACAACCUCGAAGUACGCGCGGCAAAUUAAUUGUCGUUACACUAUAAUAACGCGCCACGUUGUUAAUUUUGUACCCGGUUGAAGUAGCGAGAUUAACUUCUAAUCCGGCGUUCUCUCUUUUUAACUUAAUUGAAAAAAAUGUGGACAGACAGAAAUUAAAAAAGCAAAAGGAUACUGAAUUUUAAAAUAAGGACGCAUAUCUUAGUCUUUUUUAAAGACAUUAAGGACAAGUUGCGUUUUAAAGUACUUUAAAUCGCGUCUUAAGAUACUUAAAUCGAUUUUAAACACAUACACGUGACUGCCAGAUGUGUAACCACGGGUCAAGAGUUAAUUUCGUUCAUGAUGCGUGACGUUAUUUCUCUCCGAUUUGUUAAAAAGAAUUAUACAGAUAUCCGGAAAUAUAUCUAACAUAACAUCUAUUUAUAAAUAUCCAGUUGUUACAUAAAUAACGUUCAUGAAGGUGCGAUGUAUUUUUAGAUGGAAGUAAUUGAAUGAAUUUCUGAUACAAGUACUCAGGUAUGAUUAGGGUUGCCAGAGAUCUUUGUGUAUGUGGAUUUGCCCUAGAUUUCAAGGCGACGAAGAUAACGGCGUUAUAUCACAAAUUUAGGAACCUAAUUUAAUUUUUGAAAUCUUAUAAUUAUAUACGUUUCAAAACGAGAAGAGUAAACAGAUUGAAUCGAGGAACAUAUUGAAGGUAUAGAACAGAGAAUAACGCCCUUAUUUAUAAAAUACAAACUUUGUCUUUACUGUAAUCGUAAACCGUACUAGUUCCUGUAUGUCGAAGGGAAAAAUCUGGCAAUCCUGAGAGCACGAAGAAAGGCACCGAGAUACGCAUCGACGUAACGCGUCGACCUCGGCCUUAAAAGCUGCCCUUUACAAUUAGACCGAGUGUUACAAACCGCGUUGCCGCGACUCGUAACCGGCUAUGCGCUCCGUGUUAACGCUAGUAAUAACAUUAAUGAGUAACUCUUUAACGUGCGCCCCAACAAGCGGCCCGAACACGCGAGUCCUGCGAAAAAUCCUCGCUACAGGUUGUUGGCUCUGUUAAUAACCCGUGCGGUAACACAUCCGUAACGUAUGCAUCAUCCUUAUUAUUGGGACAUAGACCUUCGUAUAUAUGUAUAUAUAUUAUAUAUAUACGUCCUGAGUUUUCUAGCCCCUCUCUAUCAAUUUUACAUUUUUUAUCGUAAUUUUAAAGCGCUGAGCGCAUAUCUACGCUUCUAUUGCGGACAAUAAAAAUUUCAGUUUUAAAGAUAAUAGGACGUCGACGGCGUCUACAGGCUAUUGUUUGAAACAAUAGUAUCGCGUACAUAUGCGCUCCGUCCGAAGGGAUAUCACAUACACUUGUACGUACCAUCGCGACACAUCAGAUAUAAUCUGAAAACCGGAUGAGAGGAGGAAAUGUAAAUCUCUCGAAAAUCGCGGGAAAAUGAUAGGGUUGCCAACGAGAUUAUUUUACAAAAUCUUUAGAUUUGACAAAAUGUAAAUCUCUCUUCGAGCUUGGAAUUCUUUAUACAUUCCUCACAUAUCCACAUGCUCACAUAUCCCAUACAUUCACAUAUCUAUAUGUUUUACAUAUCUAUAUGUUUUAUUACACAUCAUUUUACACACUUACAUAUCGUUACAUAUCUAUACCUAUAAGUAGUUUUUCAAGAUGUCAUAGUUCUCGAAGGAAACUUUGUUAUUGAAUUAAUCCGAAUUAAUCUAAAUUUUUCUCCUCAGCGCGGAACCAAUGCAUUAUUGUUGGCAAUCUCAAAAAGUGAGCAGAGAACGUUAUUAUAUAUCCUGCGUGCGCGCGUGUACAUGUUCGUGUGCGUUGUAUAUGCGUAUGUAAGUAUGUAUGUGCAUUUGCCUGUAAACCGAGUGCUCGCGUGUAAGUUAUAAAGGAACCGGACCUAGUUUACGACCCUUAAGACGUGCCCGCCAAAGGGGGCAACCACUUUUAAGGAUGUUAACGAUGUACAAAUGUGUAAUUUAGUGUCGCAGAAAGAAUCCGUCUAAUGGCGCGGUGUAUGACGACGAAUAUAUAAGAAAAAUAAACGAGAAAAAGUAUAUAAAAAUAUUUCUUUUAUUUUACAAGUAACGAGAUGGAAGGGCGUGCGUAUGAUUGCGAUCCGUUUUAGAGGGCAUAGGCGUAUCUAUAUUUCCAAGAUUACGCACUUUUUUGAAGGUAUACAUAAAUAGAGCAGAAUAUACCGUUCAAGACGGAAAUUGUUGAUGAAAGAAAGGGAGGCGAGAGAGAGGAGAGAGAGAGCGCGCGUGCGAUACGCUGUCAUAAACCCACAUGUACGGUAAAAAUCAUGUGCUAUAAGGGCAGUUGUCGAAAUAAAAUUUUUUUCGAUCGAAUAACUGGUUUUUGUUCUUCCUAUCCAGCUACAAGUUUGUUAUUUUUUAAGAUAAUAAAAAAAAUGCGAAAUUGAUAGAAG